GCUGGGGGCCCGGCCAUGGCCGGGGAACGGCCCCCACUGCGGGGCCCUGGGCCAGGGCCGGGAGAGGCGCCGGGGGAGGGGCCCCCAGGACCGGGGGGCACGGGUGGAGGCCCGGGCCGGGGCCGCCCCUCCUCCUACCGGGCUCUCCGCAGCGCCGUGUCCAGCCUGGCGCGCGUGGACGAUUUCCACUGCGCUGAGAAGAUCGGGGCCGGAUUCUUCUCUGAGGUCUACAAGGUUAGGCACCGACAGUCAGGGCAAGUCAUGGUGCUGAAAAUGAACAGACUCCCCAGUAACCGGGGAAACACGCUACGGGAGGUGCAGCUGAUGAACCGGCUCCGACACCCCAACAUCCUAAGGUUCAUGGGGGUCUGUGUGCACCAGGGGCAGCUGCACGCUCUUACAGAGUAUAUGAAUGGGGGAACCCUGGAACAGCUGCUCAGCUCCCCAGAACCCCUAUCCUGGCCUGUCAGGCUCCGCCUGGCUCUGGACAUUGCCCGCGGCCUGCGGUACCUGCAUGCCAAAGGUGUAUUCCACCGAGACCUAACAUCCAAGAACUGUCUGAUCCGACGGGAAGACCGAGGCUUCACGGCUGUUGUGGGUGACUUCGGGCUAGCUGAAAAGAUUCCUGUGUAUAGGGAAGGGGCAAGAAAGGAGCCAUUGGCUGUGGUAGGUUCCCCGUACUGGAUGGCUCCAGAGGUGUUGCGGGGUGAGCUGUAUGAUGAGAAGGCCGAUGUCUUUGCCUUUGGGAUUGUCCUCUGUGAGCUCAUUGCACGAGUACCUGCGGACCCAGAUUACCUACCCCGAACUGAGGACUUUGGCCUGGAUGUGCCUGCUUUCCGGACCCUGGUAGGGGAUGACUGCCCACUGCCCUUCCUGCUUCUGGCCAUCCACUGCUGCAGUAUGGAACCUAGAACUCGUGCUCCCUUCACCGAAAUCACCCAGCAUCUGGAAUGGAUCCUGGAGCAGCUGCCUGAGCCAGCCCCCCUCACCAGAGCUCCCCUGACACACAAUCAGAGGUCUGUUUCAAGAGGGGGUCCCUCUGCCACACUUCCUAGGCCAGACCCCCGGCUUUCCCGAAGCCGGUCAGACCUCUUCCUGCCCCCGUCACCAGAAUCACCCCCCAACUGGGGGGACAAUCUGACUCGUGUCAACCCCUUCUCACUCCGGGAAGACCUCCGGGGAGGCAAGAUCAAGCUGUUGGACACACCCAGCAAGCCAGUCGGCCCCCUGCCCCUUGUUCCACCAUCACCACUGCCCUCCACGCAGCUGCCCUUGGUGACCACUCCAGAGACCCUGAUCCACCCUGGGACACCUGCCCGUCGCUGCCGCUCGCUCCCAUCAUCCCCUGAGCUCCCCCGACGUAUGGAGACAGCACUGCCAGGUCCUGGCCCUCCCAGUAUGGGCCCCUCGGCUGAAGAAAGAAUGGAGUGUGAGGGCAGUAGCCCUGAGCCAGAACCCCCAGGACCAGCUCCCCAGCUGCCCCUGGCCGUGGCCACAGACAACUUCAUCAGCACUUGUUCCUCAGCCUCCCAGCCCUGGUCCCCUAGAUCGGGACCUGUCCUUAACAACAACCCCCCAGCUGUUGUGGUGAACUCCCCACAAGGCUGGGCUGGGGAGCCAUGGAACCGGGCCCAGCAUAGCCUGCCCCGGGCAGCAGCCCUGGAGCGGACAGAACCCUCGCCGCCCCCUUCAGCUCCCCGGGAGUCUGAUGAGGGACUGCCCUGCCCCGGCUGCUGUCUUGGCCCUUUCAGCUUUGGCUUCCUGUCCAUGUGCCCCCGCCCCACACCAGCUGUUGCCCGCUACCGCAACCUGAACUGUGAGGCGGGCAGUCUCCUCUGCCACCGAGGGCACCACGCCAAGCCUCCCACACCCGGCCUGCAGCUGCCCGGGGCGCGCUCUUAGCAGUGGGGCCUGUGGUCUCUGGCCUCCAACUUUGGCCUUCAGGAAGCCCCGUGAGGACAGAGCACACAUGUUGGACAGUGCCAGCCCCAGAUGGGCUGACCGGCUCUUCUCCCCGUGUAGGGGAACCUCAGCAUGGAUUCAAGGGACAGAACGUUUCCUAUCCAGCCCCUGGGCUUGCUCUCCUGUGGGCGAUCACUGAACCAGACAAAGCAUUGCUGACACAUGAGACUAACACGUGCAAUUAUUUAAAAAUAUUUCAAUAAAACUGCCUGGCUGGCUCCGGGCUGCCCCUAUCCACUCAGUCCAUGCGCCCUCCUCCACCCCCCUGCAAUUCCACCAUAGGAAGUUCUUGGGGAGGCCAAAAUCUAACGACUUCUUCACCCGUUUCCCAGAAACAGUCCAGUUUCUGGGGCAGGAUUUCAAGCAGGCAGCAGGCUGGCUGGAAGUGUUGGGCAUGGAUCAGCCCUUGCCUGGGCACUGCCCAGGCAGAGUGACGGGACGCUGGAGGGAGAUGAUCUUAGGACCUGCAGACUGCAGUUAGGGGUGAGGGGUACAGGCUCUUGUUGGCAAGAGUACCUAUAAGAGUAAAGCACCAGUGAGCUCUGCAGUUGACUGUUACUAAGAACAUUCAUCCAGCUCAUCCCACCUCCCUGGACAGCCACAUCACCAGCCUCCCUUCAGUUCCAGACCUUUCCUGCCCGACCCCAGGACCCCCCUUACAUAAGCAGACCAAGACCUUGAAGGCUGUAGAGGUGACCGUCACUCUCAGGAAUAAGUUUUACCCCUGGCUUCUGAGCCCUUGCUCUGAGUUCCUCUCCCUCCCUCGUCCCCAACUCCCAUGCCUCAGUCGAUUUGUCAUGCUUACCCAACUCAGGGCGAAAAGUGGUCCCUAUCUGGAUGCUUGAAAGCUGCCAUCUCACAGAUGCAGGGAUGAGGAGAAGUACAGUCGUCCCACAGCAUUCUUAGCCACUUGCUUUGUACCUUGUAACAUCCUGAGCUUUGACCAUAAUACAUAGAUUGGCGAGGUAGAACUGGGUUAAGCCCUGCCCCUCCUCUCCCACCCUCCCUUCUCUCCCCUUGCCCUGCAUUAAACACAAUGAAGUUCUAA